UCUUACCCAGAAUCGGCCUGCGUCCCGAAGAUGCCGACGCGCUGAGAUAGCGGGUGAGAUAAAAUUUCAAGCGUGUCGGCCUCGAGUACGACUCUAGCUGCCUCUUCCUCCCUUACACCUAGGACUGAUGACGACUUUCGACCUUGUCAUUGUCAACGCCAUUGCUGUGACGGCUUGUGAUGUGUUUCCUUGCUCGAUCAGUGUCAAGGACGGCAAAAUCGCCGCCAUCGCUAGCCAGGGUUUCAGUCAAGAGGAGCUCGCCGGCGUAGAGGUGAUAGAUGCCGAAGGGGCAUAUGUCAUGCCAGGAGGGAUCGAUGCCCACGUGCAUCUUUGUCAAGAUCUUCAGACCGGCCCUCAUGGUCUAGGUGGGCGCUGUGCCGAUGACUUUGCGUCGGGUUCCAUGAGCGCAGCGGCGGGCGGCACCACGACGAUGAUCACUUUCGCCUGUCAGACGAGAUCUGAAGAAGAUGCCAGCCUGCUCUCGGUCGUGGAACGCUACGAUGCACGCGCCAAGGAGACGGGCAGCUACAUCGACUAUGCGUACCACGUCAUCAUUGUGCGUUGCGACGAAGACGUGCUCGAGCGUGAGCUGCCAAUUCUAAGCGGUCCGCGAUGGGGCAUCUCGACAUGCAAGCUGUUCAUGACCUAUGACAGCCAGCGAUUGGGCGAUUCCGACCUGCUCACAGUCAUGCACGCGGCUGCACAACACGGUAUUACCCCCUUGGUCCAUGCCGAGAACGGUGACAUGAUCUCUUGGCUCACUGACAAGCUCGAGGCGAAAGGCAUGCUGGCCCCAAUCUACCAUGCUUGGUCCCGGCCUCCCAUCGUCCAAGACGAGGCCACCAACAGGGCCAUCGCGAUUGCCAAGCUGGCAUGCACACCCUUUCUUUUUGUGCAUGUUGGGUCUUCAGAAGCCAUGGCACAUAUCAGACGGGCCCAGACACAAGGGUGGCCGGUUUAUGCGGAGACAUGCCCGCAAUAUCUCUGUUUGACGUAUAAUGAUUUGAAACGAUUCCACUCGCCUACGUGUUUUGAGAACAGCAAGAUGGUUUGCUCUCCUCCUCCGCCGCCAGACGAGAGCGAGAGCGAGCGUCUGUACACAGGUCUAGCAAACGGCACUUUUACGGUCUUCUCCUCUGACCACUGCCCCUUCCGCUACGACGAUCGGCAUGGCAAGCCCACGGGAAUCCUUGAGCAUGAGGAGAGCAAGCGGGGUGGAGACUGCGUCUCUAAAGAGGCAUCGGCAGUCUCGCUCGAUCAGCUUGUCCGAACAAAGACAGGCGCGUUUCGCUUCAUUCCAAACGGAAUUCCCGGCGUGGAAACCAGGCUGUCGCUGCUAUUCACAAAUGGCGUCUGCGCCGGCAGGAUCACCCUGCAGCGCUUCGUGGAGCUGACAUCAACUAACGUGGCCAAGCUCUAUGGCCUGUACCCGAAGAAAGGGAGCCUCAUGCCAGGAGCGGAUGCCGACUUUGUCAUUUGGCAUCCGCAGGAGACUUUCAGCCCGUUCACUCUUUCGAACGACAUGUUGCAUCACAAUGUGGACUACACACCAUACGAGGGCAUGCGUAUGCUCAACUGGCCUCGCUACACAAUCGUGAGGGGACACGUUGUGUGGGCCAACGGGAGCCUCGCCACGGGAGCACCGCUAGGGCGGUAUCAGAAGCGUGGCCCCAACGUGCUUAGCAGCGACUGGAAAAAACGUGGUGGCGGCCCUGCGAAGCAACAUCCAGCACCCUGGCUCUUUGAAUGAACUCGAGGGCUCUUGUCAAUGAAAAGAACAGAGCACGCUUCCUAGCAAGAAAGAAUAUGAGCUCGAGAGGAUGUCUUACUAGUCAAUGCACUACACGUGGCUUCAACGAG